GCCCUGCGGCGCCUCCAGACCGCGUGUCUCCACUCCAGCCGACGCCUCCAUGCGGAGUUCGCCGCCGAGCGGGACUGGGACCAGUUCCACCAGCCUCGGAGUCUCCUCCUGGCCUUGGUGGGGGAAGUGGGAGAGCUGGCGGAACUCUUUCAGUGGAAGUCUGAUGCAGAGCCUGGCCCCCGAGCCUGGCCGCUGAAGGAACGGGCAGCUCUUCAGGAGGAGCUUAGUGAUGUACUCAUCUACUUGGUGGCAUUAGCAGCCCGCUGCCACGUGGAUCUGCCCCAAGCGGUGCUCUCCAAAAUGGACACCAACCGGCAGCGCUACCCCGUCCAUCUGUCCCGCGGCUCUGCUCGAAAGUAUACAGACUUACCCCUGGGUGCCACCUCUGAAGACCGGGCUGCGGAGCCCUUGGACCUGGCCUGUGCAUCCACAGGUCAGUGCUCCACAACUGCCACUAAGGAUGGCAGCUGAAGAGCAGAGGGUGGCUCUGCUGUGGAACUUGUUCUAGUCCUUUCCUAACGGGUCUUGACCUGAGGACCCCUCUUCCUGAUGUUGGAGGCCUGAGAGCCUCCAGACGAUAGUCUCUCCCCCAAUAAAAUUGUUAAAGACAGCAACUUCUGGAUUCUUCCUGAGUGGCCAGGGAGGCAAUACCGCAACAGGUGCUGCAAAGGGGUCCUCAUACCUCUCUGUUGGACCUCCUACCUGCAGGAGGAGCCAGUUCCCAGCCAACUCCCAAUGGGAUCUCAUCCAAGUGUCUUGCCCUUCUGGACCUGUAAAGGAGACUGGAGGCUGUCAUAGGGUCCAGACUGAGGCCAGCGUGUAUCUUAGUGGAAGAGAGCUUGCUUGCCCAGCAUGCAUGAAGCUCUGGGUUCAAUUCCUAGUACAAAAAAACAAAACAAAAAUAA